AUGAGGAAUCUCUCCGCAGUGACUGAAUUUGUCCUGCUGGGCAUCCCACACACCGAGGGUCUGGAGACCGUGCUCUUCGUCCUGUUUUUGGGCUUUUACACCUUCACUCUUAUGGGGAACCUGCUCAUCCUCCUGGCGAUUGUCUCCUCCCCUCGGCUCCACACCCCCAUGUACUUCUUCCUGUGUCAACUGUCUGUGUGUGACAUAUUCUUCCCUUCUGUGAGUUCCCCCAAGAUGCUCUUCCACCUCUCGGGGAGCAGCCGGGUCAUCUCCUAUGCAGGCUGCGUGUCGCAGCUCUUCUUUUACCACUUCCUGGGCUGUACGGAGUGCUUCCUGUACACCGUGAUGGCCUAUGACCGCUUCGUCGCCAUCUGUGACCCUCUGCGCUACACCGUGAUCAUGAGCCACAGAGCGUGUGCCAUCCUGGCCGUGGGGACCUCCUUUUUUGGCUGCAUCCAGGCCACCUUUCUGACCGCUCUCACCUUCCAGUUGCCCUACUGUGGCCCCAACGAGGUGGACUAUUUCUUCUGUGAUAUCCCGGUGAUGCUGAAGCUGGCCUGUGCUGAUACCUCAGCCCUGGAGACGGUGGGGUUCGUCAGUGUGGGCCUCAUGCCCCUCAGCUGCUUCCUUCUCAUCCUCACCUCCUACAGUCGCAUGUGCUCCAUCCUGCAGAUCCGCUCCGCGGAGGGCCGGCGCCGUGCCUUCUCCACCUGCAGUGCCCACCUCACUGCCAUCUUGCUUUUCUACAUGCCAGUGGUCCUCAUCUACCUAAGGCCAACCCCCAGCCCCUGGCUGGAUGCAACUGUCCAGAUCCUGAAUAACCUGGUCACCCCCAUGCUGAACCCCUUGAUCUACAGCCUCAGGAAUAAGGAAGUAAAAUCAUCUCUGAGGAAGGUGCUACAGCACUUGGGCUUCCUUCCUGAGCAGUUGUAG